UUCACCUUCCAGCUUGCAUAUUUCGUGGAAGAAUAAGACUUGAGAUGAUCGAUGUUUCAAGAACGCCCGAGUUCUCCAAUUGUGGAAACAUGAAUUCAAUCUCGAUGUGCACUUCCUCUGACCAGGACCUGGACUCUAUGGCGGAGGGCAGAAGCAGGCAAAGGUCUCACUCCUAUUACAGUGCAGAGGACAGUAAGAACUAUGGUGUGCAGAUACAGACAGAGGAAACCUUUCUAAGACCUCGCUCCAGGUCGUUUUACAAUUGUGAGACGUCAGAGCUUAAAACCGAUUGUGACGCAGGAAACCUUGCAGGGUCCAGUUCACUGAGGCCGAGAGCAAGCUCCCUGCUCCAGUAUCAAGGAAACAAAAAGGAGAAGAGAGAAGGGGAUGGUGUUCGAGUCACCUCUAAGAAGUCCAAGUCUAAACCAAACAAGCACUCACAAACAAGAGAACUUAAUGGCAGUAAAGGCAAUCUCAAGCCGGUGUCCAUGAUGACCAUCUCUGAGUCGGACAACUGGGAAAUUAACUCCAGCUCGGGAAUGAAGUAUGGACAGUUUGUGGACUGGGAGAAGAUCGACCCCGAACCUGCGAAAAGAUACCAGCAGAUCCUGCAGAGCGAUCACCAGCAGCUGAAAACUAUGGGCCGAGAGGGGUUCUGGGCCAUGCCCCACACGCUGAGGGCCAAAGCCUACUAUCACAUCAUCCACAGCAUCAACUCCAGUAGGUGCGUCACUCCAGACAGAGAUGUCCACUAUGAACUGGCCAAGAAGCUCUUUGGAGAACAGAAAAUCAGCACCCAUCCAGUCCCUGAGUACAUGGAGUUAGGAGAAAUACCCAGAUACUGUCUCAACAAAGCCGGCCUGAACUCCGUUAAAAAGAUCCUCCUCUGCCUUGGCGAAUGCUUCCCAGACAUGAACUUCUGCCCCAUCCUGCCCGAGUUGGUCUCCCUCCUCCUCCACUUCAGCGAGGACGAAGCCGAGUGUUUCCACAGUGUGUCCCGACUCAUCUGCUACAACGACCCCAACAAGCGUUACAUCGACCAGACCUUCCUCACCUACCGCGCCUCCUGCAUGACCUUUGGUGACCUCGCCAACAGGUGUUGCAGAGGCAUCCGUAAGCUGAUCGCCAGCUCUCACCAGAACCUCUUUGAGUUCUACUCGGACUGGAUCAUGUGGAUAUUCGCUGACCUUCCAUUCACGUAUGCCAUCAGAGUGCUGGAUGUCUACAUACUGGAGGGCUACAAGGUCCUCUACAGGGUGGCGCUGACUUUGCUUAGCCUCUACAAAGUGUCCGUGUCAUCUCGAGUGGCAGAUGUGGAGGACUUCCGAACGGAUAUGAAAAGGUUCGUGCAGAGCGUUGCUCGCCACUGCACGGCUGAGAAUCUUCUGGAAAGGGCCUUCAUGAUCCCGAUGGCCACGCGGAAAGAGCUCAACCUCCUGUUCAAUGCCAAUAAGGACUCCCUCAUGCAAAAAGGUGUCGGCACACACCAGAAGAGGCAGUCGGUUGAGACGGUGGACUUCAGCAACUUCACCUCCAGCGUUGUGACAGGGACUGAGAUGAGAGUCGUCUGGGCCUGGAUACCUGAGCGCUUUUCCCUUUUCAGCCCCAUUAGGCUGUUUAACACAGCUGAACAUGGAAGGAGCCUUACUUCAUUCUAUUCACAUGUGGAGGGACACGAACCAGCGGUCUUGAUUAUCAAAACUGUGGAUGAAGAGGUCUUUGGUGCCUUCCUGUCAACCGAUGUGAUAGAAAGAAGAAAACAUGACUCUGAGGGACUCACAUACUUUGGAACUGGGGAAUGUUUUGUUUUCACGCUUCGUCCCAGCAUGGAGCGUUACCAACAGGCUAUGGUCAACAUCAUGACCAGACGAGCUUCCCCUCAGCAGGUUCGAGACAGCAGCUGUGCCUUCUCUCAGGUAUCCGAUGGUGGCUGCUCCCCCGUCUCCACCACCCCCACCACAGCCACCCCAACUCUGACCUGUCCUGCUGGAACCCUCCAGGACCCCAGCUACCUGACGAUCCCCUUUACUGCCCCAUCAGAGGAACCCAUGACUGCCAAAGAGCCAAAGAGACCCAAGGAACAAGAAGCCUCCAUGUUCAUCGCAGGCAGUGACAGUCAGCUCAUAAUCGGUGGUGAUGGAGGCCACGCACUCUGCCUACAGGAAGACCUAGAGGGGGGAUACUCGGAGCCUUGUGACACAUUCAAGAGCAACCCACUCUGCAAGGGACAUUUCAAGAUUCAGGACCUUGAAGUGUGGGGCAUCCAGAACUCUAUUUCCUUUUCUCAGUAGAAUAACGGGAGAGCAGCGUUGUAACUUUGCAUCUUUUGGUAACCAGUUUUUCAUGAUGCCGUUUCAUUUUUUUUAAUGUAAAUUUCAAAUAUUUAUUUUGUGAAAUGCACACAUAUGCAUAUAACAAGUCGUGAAGCGCUUGGGUGACAUUCUACUUGACUUGUUGGCUAUACAGUCAAGUUUGUUUGUAUAGCCUUAUAUCACAUUACAUUGUCUUACUGGACUCUACAAGCCCACAUAAACAAUGGUUCCUAUCUCAGGGAGGCUCCCUAAAGACAUAAGGGAAAUAUCUACACACAAAAAAAACCUUAGCAUCUUAUCAUAGGGAGGAUGAGACAUACCAGCAAGGAGAACAAGCAUGCAAUGCAAUUUGCAGUAAUGAAUCCUAGAUUAAUCAUAGUUAAUAUAAAUAACUGAAGAAUUCUGGUUUUACCUCCCAUCAAGUCUAGCUAUUUAGACAAUCUGUUGGUACCUUUCUAAGAUGUAUUUGUCUACUUCUACGUGUAUAAUUUUGCAGUUUAUCUGCAUUUGAUAAGCUACACAAUUAAACUUCAUGCAUUUUUACACAUGUGAUGAUCAGCUGAUCAUUUUGUUUUUUUGUUUUUUCAAUGCCUAAUAAGUUAUUCAGAUAGCCUUGGUCUUAAUGACCUGUUGUGAAGAUUUUUUUUUUUACUCUGUAUGUAAUGGGGUCAAAAGCAAAUGAGUUUCAUACUGAAAAAAAAAAACAUUUUUACCUUCUGUACUUUCUUUUUUACAUUUCUAACUUCCUGAGUUCAAAAUCUUGAAAUUGUCACCAAUUGUCACCAAUAUGGUAAUAAGGUGUCUGCCUAUAAAUAUGUGUUUGUAUGCAGGCAUGUUUGCUUGUUUGCUGAAUGACCUG